CACCCAGUCUCUACCUGGAAAACAAAAGGGGUGGAUGUUAUUUUGUAGCUCCUUGCACUGUUUUUUCUUUCCCCAUCAGCUGCGCUGAUUUAUUUGCAUUGACCCGUUGUCUUUGAAAACCGGGUCCGGUGCCUCUCCCCUCCUCCUCCCCUAUCCUUUCUUUCUCCCCCGGUCAGUCCUUCUAUACCCUCCUUCCUUUUGCCUUUUAUUCGAUCCCGCAACGCUGCAAAGUCGCAAAGAUGCCCAGCUCGCUCUUCGCUGACAGCAGUGUCCAGGGAGAUGCGCUGGACGACCAGAGAGCCCUGCAGAUCGCGCUGGAUCAGCUCUCCCUGCUCGGCUUGGACAACGACGAGAACCUCCUGUACGACAACAACCAAGAGCCCCGCAAAAAGAGCGUCAACAUGACUGAAUGCGUCCCGGUUCCCAGCUCCGAGCAUGUGGCUGAGAUUGUGGGCAGACAAGGUUGCAAGAUCAAAGCGCUGCGAGCAAAGACCAACACCUACAUCAAGACCCCGGUUCGAGGUGAGGAGCCUGUUUUUGUGGUAACGGGAAGGAGGGAGGAUGUGGCUAUGGCCAGGAGGGAGAUCAUCUCUGCUGCUGAGCACUUCUCCAUGAUCCGAGCCUCGAGAAACAAAAAUACCGGCCUGAACGGGAGCGGCACUGCAGUCCCUGGACCACCUAACCUGCCUGGACAGACCACCAUCCAGGUUCGGGUUCCUUACCGCGUGGUGGGGUUGGUUGUAGGCCCCAAGGGUGCUACCAUCAAGCGCAUCCAGCAGCAGACCCACACCUACAUCGUGACACCCAGCCGAGACAAGGAGCCGGUUUUUGAGGUGACUGGGAUGCCGGAGAAUGUGGACCGAGCACGUGAAGAGAUUGAAGCCCACAUUGCCAUGAGGACAGGUGGCCUUAUUGAGCUCCAGGAUGAAAAUGACUUCCAUGCCAAUGGGACCGAUGUGGGUUUUGAUCUGCAUGGGCAUGCCACCCUGUGGUCCAAGCCCAAUGCCGGGAUGACCCCCACCUUGGUGCGUAAACCCUUCUCCAACUAUCGCAAUGACUCGUCCUCCUCCCUGGGCAGUGCCUCCACAGACUCCUACUUUGGUAACAACAGCUCACGCAUGGCAGAUUACAGCCCUCCCAGCCCCGCUCUCAGCUACACCGCCACCAACAACAAUGGUAACAACAAUAACAACAACAUCAAUGUCAACACCAAUGGCAACGGUUUUGUUUACGGAAGUGAGGUGAUCUCGCCAGACUGCACUGAUCUUACUUUUGAGUCCUCACCAGGGUUUGACCCUACGCAAGCCCCGCCGGGCCUCCUGUGGUCCCAGUAUGAUAGUCGCACGACCCCCUCCUCCACUGGAGGCAGCUCCCCCACCUCCACCUCAGCCAUGUUCCCCAAAAACACCUCCCCUAAUGCCAAUGGGAUAGCGGUGAGUCAGAGAAGGGUUAAUGGAUGUACGCCGCAGCCCAGACUGUCGCCUCCACUUCAUAGCCACACUGGAGGCCCUACUGAGCACCCAUUAGCCCGGAGGGUGCGCAGUGACCCGGGCGGAGGCCCGCUCAGUUUCCCUGCCUACUCCAGUACUAUUGCCUCCCUGCCAGGCCCUCACCUACCUGGGGUUCCAUGUGACUCCUCUGCCUCGUCCUCCUCCUCCUCGUCCUCUUCCUCCUCUUCAACCUCGUCUGGCACUAGCCGAAAAGGCAGCCGCGACUGUUCAGUGUGCUUCGAAAGUGAGGUCAUCGCAGCCCUGGUCCCUUGUGGGCACAACCUCUUCUGUAUGGAAUGUGCCAAUCGUAUAUGUGAGAGGAGCGAGCCCAAAUGCCCUGUCUGCCACACCGGCGUCACUCAGGCUAUACGUAUAUUUUCAUAAGAAGUGUAACUCUUUGACUAUCUAGUGAGCGAGACUGACUACAAUAGCAACAACAGACUCUUCAUACUGCUUUAAUGGGAUCACCCAAUCCUCAUUUGGAAAGUGUACAUAGAUAUACAUAUGUAUGUAAGAGGCUGCAGUAUCCAGAAGAAGGGACAGACACCCUUUUUGGGCUCAGUCGUAGUUGUUAAUAAUAUUUGUAGCUUGGGGAAAUAUUUUCAACAUCUAAGUGCAUGUUUUAAAUAUUACAGCAUAGUAAUCAAUAGUUCUAGUAAAUUGUACCGUAUAUUUAUAAAGUGAGGAGAGUGGGCUGAUCCUUCCAGUUUUGCCAAUCGAAUGUAGUAAGAGGGGAGGCCAUGGCUGGGAAAUGUGGAGGGCUUCCAGUCAAACAGGACUAUUGACUUACAAAGAUACUGCAGCUUGAGGUCAGAAAUCACGUGAGGGAGAGCAACAACAUAUCCUACAUAUAUAUGUAUAGAAUAAAUUUCCACAAGUUAAAAGUUUUAAAUGACAUUAAUACAGAUUAAAGUAUUUUAUUCUUUUUGACUUGAAAGAUUAUAUUUCUUAUUGCAAAGAUGUUUACAAAUAUUUUAAUUUAAGUUCAGUGAACUUUUUGUAGCUGGGUUGAAAUAUUGUUUAUUUUUUAGUAUGGCCUUAUGGCAUUGAUCACUGUAUUAUUUUAAUAUCACACAACUGUGGGAGGAAAUCCAAGUCCACAAAAUGUGUAUUGCAUUUGACAGUAUUCUGUUGGGAUGGAGUUUUUAUAGGUUCAGCAAAAAAUGUCUUUUAAAUCUGCUUCACCCAGCAUAUUUUUUAUUCAGUAAUAUAAAGCAUAUUUUAUUCUAUAUUAUUAUGAAACAUGGAAAUGUACAAAACUUAGUAAGUUGAAAACAAAGAAACUGUUUAUGCUUUCUAAAAUUUGUAUGAAUUAGAUUCCAGUGGGAAUUACAGGCUUCUGUUGCACCACUAUAGUUUUAGUAUUUCUAUUUUAAUACAUUUGUUUACCACUUGUUUAUGUAUAUGUAGGUGAAGUUACUUGAGCGUAAAUGUACUUUAUUGAGCAAAGUUUAAGAACAAAGUAUAUUUUAUUUUAUGAUAAAGGGCCUUUAAUCUCAUGGUCAAAUACUAAUAUUAUAUUUGCUGAGACAAGAUUUGAAAAUGUAUCAAGAGUUUUAUUUUUCUGACAUUUAAAGUUAUACAUGAUAAAAAGUAAAACUUAAGUAA